AUGGAGAUCCAGUUCAGUAGUUUGUCGGUGGGGGAGGGUAUCAAGGAGGGCACCAGCUGGUUUGGCGGCCAACUCGCCGUGGCCAUCAAGAAGCUCGACUCCACACUCGUCGCCGCCGACACCCCCAUCGUCCAACGAUUCCUCCAGAAGAAGCUCUACGAAGUCAAGUCGCUGUCGCACCCGAACCUGGUGCACGUGCUGGACAUGGUGCGGAACGGCGACGAGGCCUUCCUCAUCUGCGAGUACGUCAAGGACGCCACCCCGCUCCACGCCCUCCUUCGCGACGAAGAGGCCGCCUUCCCCUGGCCCCUCCGGGUGAAGAUCGCGCAGCAGGUGAGCGAGGCCGUGGCCUACCUCCACAAGCGGGGCGUCCACCACCAGAACCUCAAGCCCUCCAACAUUCUCCUGGUGGGCAAGGACUAUGCGAGCGUCAAGGUGGGUGAUCUGGUGUUCUGGGGCUCCGUGGCGGCGCAGGCCUUCUCGUCGGCCACCUUCGGUAAGGGACCCCUCACCAGGACCCUCUCCACUGCCAACCUCAAGGUCGGCACCACCUACACCACCUGGGUCGCACCGGAGCCGCUGAAUAGGAAGAGCUACACGGACGACGCGGACGUCUACUCGUUCGGCCUCGUGCUCUACUCGCUGCUCACGCGCGGCAGCCCGCCCGCGCGUACGGAGAAGGAGGAGUUCCAGUUCAGGGACCACGAGGAGCUCAAGAAGAAGCUGCCCGCCGACGCUCCCGCCGAGCUGUGGGAACUGGCGGCCAAGUGCAUUGACGCCAAUCCGAAGGUGCGUCCUCCGUUCGAGAGGAUCAACGACGCGCUGAAGGCCAUCUACGCCGACCUCACCGCUCCCGCCGCCGAGAAGAAGGAGGCGGAGGGCAAGGGCAAGGAGAAGGAGAAGGAGAAGAAGGACGAAGCUGCGCCCGAGGAGAAGCCGAAGAAGGAGGAGAAGAAGGCUGUCGCCGAGGAACCCAAGCAGGAGAGCAAGAAGGCGAAGAAGGCGACCGAGGAGGCCAAGCCCGAGGAGGCCAAGAAGACGGAGGAGAAGGCCAAGGGAAAGAAGGAGGCCAAGCCCGAGGAGGAAAAGAAGAAGGCGGAGGAGAAGCCCAACGGCAAGGAGCAGAAGAAGGCGAAGAAGGCGACUGAGGAGGCCAAGCCCGAGGAGAAGAAGAAGACGGAGGAGAAGGCCAAGGGAAAGAAGGAGGCCAAGCCCGAGGAGAAAAGAAGAAGCCCAACGGCAAGGAGCAGAAGCCGCAAGCCCGAGAAGGAGAAGGCCAAGGCCAACAAGGCCGAGGAGAAGACCAAGAAGGGCAAGGCCGACGACGAGAAGAAGCCCGGCAAGGAGGAGACCAAGAAGGGCAAGAAGGCCAAGGCCUGA